AUGCUCGCCCUCAAGGAGGAGAUCAACCGGCGUCGAGCGACGGUCGCCGAGCUGGAGUCACGCAGUAAGAGCGUCCUGCCGCUGAAGCUUCGAACGAGCAGCGCCGCAGUGGGUGGUCGGGCCGUUUCGUUGGUGAGCAUUUCCGGUCAGAGUUUGAAGCUCUCUAAAGGCGAGCAGCUGACGGUGCGCGACAACUCGGACGCCUUUGGGUGGAAGGUCGCAACCAGGGGUGGCGAGGACUACACCGCCACGAACCUCUGCUUCUCCAUUCCACCGCCCGACCAGGAGUCGAUCAGCCUGGCCGCCGAGCUGAAGCGCCUCCACGAGGAGCUGAUCAGCCUGUGGGCGGCGAAGCACCACGAACUCCGCCAGAACAUGCUGCUCGCCACCAUUCGCAGUCUGAAGAGCUGGGACUACCCGACGUACUGCAGCAAGGACCCCGCCCAGCGAGAGGCCAUCCUCUCCGCCCUCUCCAACGACAUUGACAAGGUGGUCAGUGAGAGUGCACCAGGCGACCGCAAGUCACAACAACUGCUGGACGAGUUUGCCGACCUGAAGCGGCAGUUUGCCGAGUACGAGGCCCGGCGCAAAGCCGAGUCAGACGCCGUCGCCCUCCAGAAGCUCCUGGACGCCUUUGUGGACAGCAUCAGCGGUCUGCUGGCGAAACUGCAGGAGAAGGAGCGGCUGAUUAGCAAGAAGCUGCAGGAACCCAUUCCACGCAAGGUCGACCAGAUCAAGACCAUGGUCCUCGAGCACAAGGACUUUGAGGUGGACACGCGCCGCUAUGAGCCGGCGGUGGAGAAGGCCAAGGCUGAGUACGCCAAACUGCCCAAGUCGCCGGUGACGCAGCCAAAGUACGAGGCCCUCAUUGACUGCUGGAACAAGAUCUGGAGCAGUUCCAACGUGUACAUCGAGCGACUGAAGGCGCUGGAGAUUGUCCUCCGGGACAUUGACGACGCCCACCGCCUGAUUGCCGGCUACGAGAUUAAGCUGAGUCGGGCGGCGGACAUGCCCGCAGAGCUGGAACAAGCUAGGGCCAUCUUUGAGGAGCUGAAGAGCAUUCACGGCGAGGUGCAACGCCACUCGGCCAGCUUUGACAAACUGCUCUCCAAUGUGAGCAAGGUUCGCCGCCUGGUAGAGCGCAGUCGGCUGCAGCAGUCCUCCAAUGCGGACAUUGACCGCCUCGAGGAGGAGGUGAAAGCGCUGCACAAGCGCUGGGACAACAUUGGCGUUCAGAUUGCUGAUCGCAUCAAGUCGCUGGAGAACUGUCACGACCUGCUGAAGGCCUACCGCAGCCGAAUGGACAAGGAGGGCAGCUGGUUCAAGCAGACGCGCUCUCGCCUCGAGGAGGUCUUCCGCCGACGGGAGUUGAGUACCGCUAAGCAACUGUACGAAGACGUCUCCUCGCACAAGAGCUCCAUCGAGGAGACGAACUCGGCGGGCAACCGUUUCAGCAAGGAGGCGAAGAUUUACGACCUGAAGCUGAAGAACUACCGCGAGACGGUGGCCGAGCAGGCUCACCCGAGCCUGGACGCCUCCGCCAAGCGCUCCAAGGUGGUCAACGGCGUCGAGACAGUGGCCGUAGAGCUGAAGGCCCUUAAUGAGGAGUACAAGGCGACACUGGAUCGGUUGCUGGCGCUGCUCAAUCAGCUGCAGGACGACGAGUCCAAGCUGAGGGAAUUU